AGUGCCAAGGGCAUAUUGCACCACCCUGACCUCUGCAGAUUUCCAGACCUAGUCCCCGUGCCUUAGCAUUCCCGGCUCAUCUCGAGGCACAAAGUUCUAGCCAGAGGUCAGAGAGUUCGCUGGGGCUCCUGUUUGCAUUCGUUGCAGCCCCAAAAGGGGCUAGGAAAAGGAGUUGAGUGCCUCUGUUGGAAGAGCCCUAAGCUCUGAGUCCAGACUAGGUGUGAGGAUACCCCCCCCCCAUCAAAAGUUUGCAAACUUUGGAGUUCUUCUUGGCUUGGAAGGUGGUAUAGACCUAGCCCCUCCUCCUCCCAGGGUAGCACCGGCUCUCUCUUCACUGGUAAAAUUCCCAGUAGGACAUUUGGCAAAAGGGCCCCCGGCCGAAGGUUGCCAACAGGGCCUGGCCCUGUUUUCCUGGGUUCCCAGGGUGCUUGCCUUCUCCCCUUCCCUGAUUUCCUUUCUCACCUUAGGGCCGAGUGAAUGCACCAGCCCUCCUGUCUGCCUUCUUCUGGCGGGUUGGGACUCGCAGAGCCAUCUACCCAGCAGAGGAGGAAAAAUAACAACAGAAUAACUGCUUGGCCCGAGAGCCAGCUGCCUUCUCUGAAGAAGAGAUCAGAAGGACCCAGCAGAUGCCAAUGGGCCGCCAGAUAUGGAAGCGAGCGGACCGAGCUUUGCCCUCUCUGAGAUGAAGAGCAGGAUGGAAGAGAAGAGGCGAAAAUACUCCAUCAGCAGCGACAACUCGGACACCACUGACAGUCACACUACGUCUGCUUCCGCAUCGGCAUCCGUGUCUGCGUCAGCCUCAAGAUGCUCCAAACUGCCCAGCAGUACCAAGUCGGGCUGGCCCCGGCAGAACGAGAAGAAGCCCUCGGAGGUUUUCCGGACAGACUUGAUUACAGCUAUGAAGAUCCCAGAUUCAUACCAGCUCAGCCCAGAUGACUACUACAUCUUAGCGGACCCAUGGCGACAGGAAUGGGAGAAAGGUGUACAGGUGCCUGCUGGGGCCGAAGCUAUUCCAGAACCUGUGGUGAGGCUCCUCCCGCCACUGGAAGGCCCCUCCACAUCCUCAAGCAACCCUGCGCUUGGUGAGGGCUCCCAGCCUGCCUGGACGAGCCGCUAUGACCUGGAUGAGAUCGAUGCCCAUUGGCUGGAAAUCCUCAACUCAGAGCUCAAGUUGAUGGAGAAGCCUGAGCUGGACGAGCUGACUUUAGAGCGUGUGCUGGAGGAGCUGGAGACAUUGUGCCACCAGAAUAUGACACGGGCCAUUGAGACACAGGAGGGGCUGGGCAUCGAGUACGACGAGGACGUCGUGUGCGACGUGUGCCGCUCCCCUGAGGGCGAGGAUGGCAAUGAGAUGGUCUUCUGUGACAAAUGCAACGUCUGUGUCCAUCAGGCGUGCUACGGGAUCCUCAAGGUGCCUUCGGGGAGCUGGCUAUGCCGGACAUGUGCCCUGGGUGUGCAGCCAAAGUGCCUGCUCUGCCCCAAGCGAGGAGGAGCCCUGAAGCCCACUAGAAGUGGGACCAAGUGGGUGCAUGUCAGCUGCGCCCUGUGGAUUCCUGAGGUCAGCAUCGGCUGCCCAGAGAAGAUGGAGCCCAUCACCAAGAUCUCACAUAUUCCAGCCAGCCGCUGGGCCCUGUCCUGCAGCCUGUGCAAGGAGUGCACAGGCACCUGCAUCCAGUGCUCCAUGCCUUCCUGCGUCACGGCAUUUCACGUCACAUGCGCCUUUGACCACAGCUUGGAAAUGCGGACUAUACUAGCAGACAACGAUGAGGUCAAGUUCAAGUCGUUCUGCCAGGAGCACAGUGAUGGGGGCCCGAGGGGUGAGCCUCCAUCCGAGCCCACGGAGCCCAGCCAGGCCGGGGAGGACCUGGAAAAGGUGACACUGCGGAAGCAGCGGCUGCAGCAACUGGAGGAAGACUUCUACGAGCUGGUGGAUCCGGCUGAGGUGGCCGAGCGGCUGGACCUGGCCGAGUCCCUGGUCGACUUUGUCUACCAGUACUGGAAGCUGAAGAGGAAAGCCAACUCCAACCAGCCGCUACUGACACCCAAGACCGAUGAGGUGGACAACUUGGCCCAACAGGAACAAGACGUCCUGUACCGCCGCCUAAAGCUGUUCACACACCUGCGGCAGGACCUGGAAAGGGUUAGAAAUCUGUGCUACAUGGUGACAAGACGCGAGAGGACAAAACAGGCUAUCUGCAAGCUCCAGGAGCAGAUAUUCCACCUGCAGAUGAAGGUCGUGGAGCAGGAUUUGUCUCGAGAGCAGCCCGGGAAGAGAGCAAAAGGUAAGAAGAGCGACUCCAAGAGGAAAGGCCGCGAGGGUCCUAAGGGCAGUAGCCCUGAGAAGAAGGAGAAAGUGAAGGCUGGGCCUGACUCAGUCUUGGGGCAGCUGGGCUUAUCCACCUCAUUCCCCAUCGACGGCACCUUCUUCAACAGCUGGCUGGCACAAUCAGUCCAGAUCACAGCGGAAGACAUGGCCAUGAGCGAAUGGUCCCUCAACAAUGGGCACCGCGAAGACCCUGCCCCAGGGCUGCUGUCGGAGGAACUCCUGCAGGACGAGGAGACCCUGCUCAGCUUCAUGAGGGACCCCUCACUGCGACCUGGCGACCCUGCCCGGAAGGCUCGAGGCCGUACCCGUCUGCCCUCUAAGAAGAAACCCCCACCACCGCAGGAGGGGCCUGGUUCACUGACCACUUCAGACAAGCACCCCAAGAAGCCUUGGGGCCAGGAUGCAAGCAAUGGCAAGGGAGGGCAAGGGCCCCCCGCUACCCGGAAGCCACCACGGCGGAUAUCUUCCCACUUACCAUCCAGCCCUACAGCUGGGGACUGUCCUGUCCCAGCAGUCCUGGAAAGCCCCCCGCCUCUGGCCCCGGGGACUCCGGAUGAGGCAGUCCCAAUGGCUGCUGACUCGAAUGUCCAAGUGCCUGGCCCUAUGGUGAGCCCCAAGUCCUUGGGCCGGCUCCGGCCACCCCGUGAGAGCAAGGUCACUCGGCGAUCACUGGGUGCCAGGCCCGAUUCUGGGACAGGACCACCUACACCUGUGGCGGAGAGGCCAAAGGUCAGCCUGCAUUUUGACACCGAGGCUGAUGGCUACUUCUCUGAUGGGGAAUUGAGCGACUCCGAUGUAGAAGCAGAGGACAGUGGGGUACAGCGGGGCUCCAGGGAGUCAGGGGCUGAGGAGGUAGUCCGUAUGGGGGUACUUGCCUCCUAACUUACCCCUACCCAUAUCCUGGGCCCUUCCCUCAUCCCCCUAAAAGGCCUCAGCCUAAUUACAACUGCCAUUUCCAACUGCUGAGUGUCCCAGACCCCCCGACGCUGCCACACUGUUGUGGUUUUAUUUUUAAUAUAGAGAGAGUUUUGAAUUCCACACUGUUGUCUUUCCUCUGUGCUGGCCUAGGACAUUAGGACUUCUUCCACGGCUCUGGUCACAGGGACUGUGCCAGGCCUUGUGCCACCCCUGUCCUGGCCCAUGAGGCAUUGCUGGGCUUCUGGCUAGGUGUAGGUAAGGUGAGGAAGAGCUCAGGACUCCUGCCCGCUGCCACUAGGUGACACAGACUGUCUUUGGGCAUUAUUUUCUGGCAGAUGGGCCAGCCCAGGGCCUGCCCCGCCUUGCCCCCAAAUUGCACUGGGGCCCACUUUUUUUUUGGGGGGGGGGGUCCUGCUGCAUUCCAUUGAUCCCCAAGGAAGUAUAAGUGUACCAGAGUCUACUCACUGUAAACAAGCACAACGAGUUUAUAAGAGAAAGCACUGAGGGGGUGCAGGGGGCCCGACUGGUUCCUGACCAACCCGUAUCAUCUUAAGGCCUGCCCUCCCCCCCCCUUGCCACCCUCCCCUUCUUGCUGCUUUGCCCCUGCCAGUGCCCAGCCCAGCGGCUCUGGGAAGGAUUCCCCAAGUCCUUCCUUAGCUGUUACCAUUUACUCAGGGGACUCCCCACACAGCCAGCCACCCAGUGCAGGUGGAGGGCUACUCGGGAGGGCCAGUGCCCAGCCAGGGCUGGGGAUGUGGGGCUCAGACCAGCCCGUUGCAGAGAAUCACUCUGGGGGCUCCAACUUCCUUCCUUCCUUUGGGGCAGCCUCGGCUGAAGUCUGAUCACUCCUCUGGAGCUGGCCAGACCAGACCAUUGCCUUUUUCCAAAUUACCUAGUUCUGUUAAGAGAUGAGCUUCUUCCUCUGUUUCCUUCUGGAAACGUUUCCUUCCAACAAGCAGUGGGAUCCCGGGGCCCAAGGCAGGCCAGUUUUGGCCUGCUGGGGCUAGUUGAAGUCUUGCAGGAUGUUCCUAUAUUCCUCCAUCCCUUUGGCGCCUUAACCCUCCUCCUCACCCCGCCCCCUCCUCUCUAUCCGCGCCCCCCCCCCCCCUUUCCUGCCUCCAAAUCCCAGGUUGUUGUUCUGGAGAGUUCAGUGGGGUGGCCCCAGGGUGAUAGCUCAGGGAACAAAUCACAAAAAGGAAUUCCGUGAACUCUUUUUCUUUUCUUUUUCUUUUUUAUCAAAUGAUUCCUGGGUCACUUCCACCACUGGUUUAAAAAAAAAAAAGUUAAAAAAUUAAAAAAAAAAAAACAAAAACAAAAGCCAGAACUUCUCCAACUAGAAACCUUGGAAAAGUCCAGUGAAAUCAGUCGAAUCACUCUGUGGAUGCCAAAGAAUAUUUUGACCAUAAUUCACAGCACAGUCUGGGCCCGACAACUUGUCACUUGGACUUGUUCUUUCGAUGGAGUUUUUAAGCAACAAACGUACAGAAACAAGUCACAGCGCAACCCACGGAGGAGUGGAGGCCAGGUCUGAGCCCCAGGCCUGGGAGGAAGGGGCUUGCUGCUGCUGCUGCUGCUGCUGCUGGCCAUUGGAUUACAAACCCUGGGCUGGGCCACUGGGAGCGUUCCUAUACUCUCUUUGAGACACACAUACACCCCCCAGGCGGGAAGUGGGGAGGGGGGCGGGGGAUCCUGACUGUGAAGCCCGCGUGGGAAGCUGUCUUGACACCUGUUCUCCCACGUGAAUGUACAAAGAGCAAAUCCGCGGAAUAGGGAACGGCUUGGUCUCACCCUGACUGCAAAGCCGGUCAAAAGGUACGACAGUGGCAUCGGAUUCUUGACAGUUCACAGAACCAGAUACAAAGAUGAUGACUUUUUUUUUUUUUUUUUCCUGUCAGUUCAGAGCAUCAGACCCAUCUGUCUGAGCUGAGUGGACUCUUAAGAGCAUGGGGUAGGCUCCAAGGAUCCUGGGCGCUUUAGGGGAUGGCAUGAGCUACCACGUAGACUUAGUCUGCCCGCCCGCCCGCCCGCCCGCCUUGGCAGUAGUGGUGUUGGCAUCAGCGUCUCCACCCCGGUCUCUGUUUACUGCCUUCGAACAGACCUUCCUUCCCUCUGCUUUCAGUCACUAUGGGUCACAGCCUUGUCCUCUGGCUUGCUUGGUCUGACCCUGUAGAGAGCAAAGGGGUGAGUUAAAGAACAACCAAACACCACCAGGGCUGGAGUGCCAACAAGGGCUCUGGAUGCAGCUGUAGUGUCAGUGCUGGUCCGUCACCCCUUUGUGGUCCUGGGGCAGGGGCUGGGCUCUGGGUAGGGAUGAAGGGAUCUGGGCUCUUGCUUUGGAUCUGGCCAAGCUCCAGGACCAAGCAGACAGGUAGAUGGGCGGCUGGCCUGCUUCAGAAAGCCUCAGGAUGCUGGUCUCUCUCCUCCUUUGGCCUAUGUCCUGUUUAGACUCCAGGUGUCUAUGAGACCAGAGUCCCUUCCCUUCCGGGCCAGUCUUCAUCAGGCAGAUGUCCACCACCUGCAGGAAGUCCUCCAGGCCACAAGGAGGAUGAGGCUCUCUGUCUCCUCCUGCCCAGUUCCCUUCAGCCCUUCUCUGUUGGCCACUCGCCUCUUCCUGCCUCAUCCACAGUGUAGCUGUGGCUUUGCCACCUCUGUGACUGUGGCAGGUUCCUUGUCCAGCCCAGGGGCAGAUCUUUCUCUUGCCCACCUCUGCCCACCUUCACCGCCCCUCAGAGAGGUGGCCACCACUCUGUUAACUCAUUCUGGCUGUUGUCUCCCAUUCUUGCCCAUCCUGACCACCUCCCGCCUCCUUCCCCGCCCCCCCUUCUCAAGGAAAGUAUUUUUAUGUAUCGUAAGUGUAUUUUGAAACAAGGAGAAGAAAGGUAGAAGAUGCGUUUAUUUUAUUAAAUGAGCUCUGACGAUGGCAGUGGGUAUAAUGUCAAGGGCCUCCAAGUUUUGGAGAAACUACCUGGGGUAUUGUGAGUAUGGGCACAGACCAACCGGUUCAGGGGUAUAACUGGAGACUUAGCUGCCCCCGUGGUAACUAAUUCUGGCAACAGCUGGACUGGGCAUUUCCUUGUUCACUGCCAGAUGGGGCAAACCUCUGCCCAUGCUCUGCAGAACAUUCUGGAUCCCUGUAGCAAGACCCCUGGGGGGAAAGCGCCUGGGCUCAGCCCUUGGCAUGACUGGCCACAUUGGCCAAAGAGCCCAGGCUGGAGUCAGACCUUUGGUUGUUCUUUAAAGCACUUCCUGUCACCUCCCUCAGAGACACAAAACCCUUUGUGGUCCAAAUGGUUGCGGGGAGAUAGGGAGGAUGGUAGUGUUGGGGGGGGGGGGAAUCUCAUGAAUGUCACAGGAGGAGACCCCUUCUGUCUUUGUUUCAAAGAAAGUGAUGUGCCAUUUGUUAAUAUACAAGAGAAAUAUUGAAAAUAUAUUGAAAAGAGCAAUUUUAAAUUAUUUUUGGCUUAUGUUGCAAUAUUUAUUUUCUUGUAUUAGAAAAGAUUCCUUUGUAGAGAAAAAAAAUGUAUUUUUCAUUACUGCAGAAGACCUAUUUCUCCUUUUUGUACAUUGUUCUGUGUUGGCAACCCUCAACCAGCAAUAGAAUGUACGGCCGCCCCGUGCGGCCGGUGCCUCUGUGCCCUGCAUGGUUCUUUGUUGCUGCUGCAUAGCCCCCCCCCAGCCCAUCCUGUCCUGCUCACUCUUGGGGGGGGCCUUCAGAUGCUGACCCCCUGCCAGGGCCUGUGUCUGAGGACCCCCUCGACACUCCUCAUGUGUUGGCAAAUGCAGUUAAUAAAGCGAUGUUUUCUGUG